CAUCAGUGUCAAGUGUCAACGACCCUUUCUUUAAAGUUUACAUCUUUAUCUAUUUAGAAUGGUGAUUACAGAUUCUUUAUUUCUUCAUUCUCUGAAAAUAUCAUAUUUCUUAAUACUUUCUCCUCAUCCACAACACAAGCAUUCGCAACAUGGGCAAUAGAAUUUGGCUUGUAAUUCUCUUUGUACUGGGAGCUAGCUGGGCUAGUGAUUCUAGAAAAUUGGAGACCAGUAGUAUCUUAAAUGGGGCGACGGCUCAAAUAUCUUCUCAUCCAGUUUUGCAGGUAAUCCAAGACUCUGAAAAGGAUGUUCAAAAAGUAGGCAAAAAAGAGAAUGUUUGCACACUGUGUGAAGAAUUUGCUGCCCAGGCACUGAGUUACCUGAAUGCGAACAAAACGCAGAAUGAGAUCAAAGACAUUCUUCACGAAUCCUGCUCCAAGUUGCAAUCUUUUGAGGAAGAGUGUCUCAUAUUGGUGGAUUACUAUGCUCCUCUUUUCUUUUUGGAGAUAUCCUCCAUUCAGCCCACAGACUUCUGUCAAAAGGUCAAUCUCUGCGAACAAGUGGCUCUCAAUUCUCAGCAAGCUAGUAAAAAUAGUUGCGAGUUGUGUCACUAUGCCAUUGCAGAAGCUUUGCUGAAACUGAAAGAUCCUGACAUGGAGUUGGAUAUAAUUGAAGCCCUCGUGAAGGCAUGUCAAUCUGUAAAGGGAUACGAAACGAAGUGUAAGCAAAUGGUAUUCGAAUACGGGCCUCUAAUCCUUAUAAACGCAGAAAAAUGGCUAGAAUCAUAUGAUGUUUGCACCAUUCUCCAUGCCUGUGACGAUACAACUAAAUCAGAUAUGCAGCAAGCAUUUACAGCAGAAUGAAUCGAGCUUGCUUCAUCUUAAAAGUGGAACCAGAUGAUACUGUAUAUUUUCAUAUUUCUUGCAUGUGAAUCAUCAUAACAAUAUUUGAACAAUUUGUAAAUUAUGAUUAGAUAGCAAGCUCAUGUUAGUAUUAUUUGUCAAUCGUAUAGACAACUACACUACAUUAUUUCCAGAAAUGAUGCAGUAUUUGCAUAUUAA